AUGGAGAUCCACAAGCGUGGUGACGGCGAUGAAGACGGUAUCCAGGAGUUUACGAAGAAGAUGAAGUUCAAGGCGGAUAUCAUUGUGGAUGCAGAGAUCUUUGCCAGGGACGGCAGGGAUACCUUCCUCGAGCUGUAUUACCAAGAGCCCGAGAAAGUUCUUGAGUAUAGUGGGUUGAACUGA